ACACUGAAAUUCAUUGUGACCCUAGAAGAUGAAGUGGGUGAUGGACUUCCGAACAACCUGGUACAAAUCCCUGUUACUGCCAUCGUUCUGGACGAAAAUGACAAUGCACCGAUCUUCAAAGAUGUUCCAUAUGAGAUUGAGGUACCUGAAGACACAUCACCUGGCACCACCCUUUUCCAGGGAAUUAAAGCUGAAGAUCCAGAUAUCAUAGGAGAUAUUCUGGAUGUUAACUGUACAGAUCGCCCGCAGUUUCCAGAUGCUUGCAGUAAAUUUAAAGUGGAGAAGCUACAUUCCAGUGAAGAUAAAUUCUUGGGGGCCUUGAUUCUGCAGCAAAAACUGGAUUAUUCAAUCAGACCUUUCUACCAACUGCUGCUUAGUGCCAGUGAUGGUAAGCACAACAGCAGCACAGGGGUUCAGAUCAAAGUGCAAGAUGUACAGAAUUCCCCGCCAGUGUUUGAAGGUUCACUAACAGGUGUUGUCAGGGAAGACGCGGACAUUGGUACUUCAGUAAUGACUAUCAAAGCUCAUGACGGUGAUAAAGAACAUCCAAGGAAGAUUGUGUAUGAGCUUGUUGAAAAUUAUAUGGAUUAUUUUCUACUUGACCCGAAAACAGGAGAACUUAGGACUGCCAAACCACUUGAUAAAGAAGCUUUAGAUGAUUCAACAGGAGUCAUAAAUAUUACUGUGAGGGCUCAUGAAGUUGUUGAUGGCACACCUGGCAAUGACCCUCUUACUGUUACAACAAAGAAAGGAACUGUUACAAUCAAGGAUGUAAAUGAUGAAGCUCCGACCUUCAAUAAUCGUGAAUACAGAAUUGUGAUUCCCGAAAAUGUUCCGGAUGGCACACCAUUGCCUCACCUUGAUAUGGUUGUUCAUGACCCUGAUAUUGGAACCAACUCAGAAUUCACGUUGAGGCUUGAUGAUGUAACAGGAGCAUUUGAAGUAGAGCCAACCAGUGCAACAGGAUCCACUUCAGUCAGUAUCCGUGUGGCCAAUGGUUCUUUGGAUUAUGAAAAUCCAAAUCAGAGAAAAUUCAUAAUACUUGUCAUUGCAGAGGAGAAAAACACGAAUCCCCGCUUGUCUUCUACAGCUACAGUAAUUGUUAGCAUAGCAGAUGCUAACGAUAAUGUUCCUCUAUUCCAGCAACAGCAGUAUACAGCUUCUGUUUCAGAAAUGGCAUCACCAGGAACGUUAGUGACAACAAUCACAGCCACAGACAUGGAUAGUGGUCAGUUUGGAGAAAAUGGCAUUGUAUAUCAACUUUCUGGAACUGAUGCAGAUAAGUUUUCUGUGAACAACAAGACAGGUGUGAUAACUGUUGCUGACUGUCCAACUCCAGGAUCUAGAACCUGCCUUGACUUUGAAACAAAACAACACUACUACCUCACUUACAAGGCUACAGAUGAUGAUGGAAAAGGACAGAGUGCAGUGGCAUCCCUUAUGAUAUCUGUUGUGGACAGCAAUGAUAACCCUCCACAGUUCACCAAUCAGAAUUACCAAAUUACAAUUGAUGAAGGUGCCACAAAAUUCGAACCUCCUCUACAAGUCCAGGCACGGGAUGCAGAUAAAACUUCUCACAUCACAUACUCAAUAAUUGAAGGAAAUGUCAACAAUUUAUUCUCAAUAAAUCCACAAUCUGGAGAAAUCACGGUGUCAAAUCAUCAUGGCCUUGACAUGACAAAUGUCCCUAAUGAUGUCAUAGUCUUAACUCUUCAGGCAAGUGAUGGGAUGUUCAGUAGCGUAGCAACAGUGACCAUAUCUGUGCAUGAUGUGAAUAACAACCAUCCUGUCUUUGGAAGAGAAAGCUAUGUAGUAUCAGUACAGGAAGAUACUGCUAUAGGCACAAGUGUAGAACAGGUUAUAGCAACAGAUGCAGACUCUGGUAUGAAUGCAAAAAUUAAAUAUAGAAUUCAAAAAGGAGGAUUUGAGGACUUUAACAUAGAUGAGGAAACUGGAGUGGUUGCGAUAGCCAAUAGGUUAGACUUUGACCGCAGGAACACAUAUAAUAUGGAGGUCAUCGCUGUUGAUGGAGGUUCACCUGUUUUGACUGGCACAACUACUCUUACCAUCAUGGUUCUAAACAGCAAUGAUAAGGAUCCAUACUUUGAUCCUGCAACACAGAGGGCAGAGGUACAAGAAGAUUCCUCUCCAGGAACUAUCUUCUAUACCCUGAAGGCCAAGGAUCCUGAUAUGAAUGGUACAGAUGGACUUACUUUUGCUGCUGCAGAACCAAUAACAGCUGUUGACAAAAAUGGGAAACAAAUCACUGACACUGAGGAAUUUAAGAGUUUCUUUGCUGUGGAUCAAACCUCUGGUGAAGUGACUGUGAUGAGAGAAUUAGACAGAGACAUUGCAGCCGUCGUCCGCAUUACUGUUCUAGUUAUUGAUACUACAGCUCCUACCACUCAGCAAGGAAAAGGCAUAUUGGUUGUCACUAUUAUUGAUGUAAAUGAUUUCCCUCCAACAUUUGCAAGACCAUGGACAGCAGAAAAUCCUCGUUACAUGUUGGAUAUACUUGAAGAGCAACCAAUUGGGACCAUAGUCGAUACAUUUGUUGCCUCAGAUGUUGAUUCUAAUAUUGCAGCUUAUGCCAUAGAUCCAGCUAGUGAAUACUUUGAGAUUAACAAUGUAACAGGUGUAGUUCGAACCAAGAAGAGAAUUGACUAUGAGGCUGUGAAGAAACUUAACUUCACAGUUGUUGCUUAUGAUUCAGGAAUUCCCCAGAAGUCAGCGACUGCUUAUGUGACAGUGAAUAUCAUAAACAUCAAUGAUAUGGAUCCCGUCUUUAAUGAGACAAUGUAUGAAGCAGCUAUAACUGAGAAUGCUCCAGAGAAAGCACAUGUAAUAACAGUGAAAGCGACAGAUGGUGAUGAGGGUGUCUUCGGAUCUGUGUCAUACAGCCUUGUUGGAGAACACAGCUCUGAUUUUAGCGUAAACUACAAAACAGGAGAGGUCACAGUUGCCAAUCCUGCUGUGCUUGAUAGAGAAACCACUCCUGACAUCACCAUCCAGGUCAUGGCUAGUGAUGGUGCCCCUCCAGAGACAAGAAGAACUGUUGCUAUUCCAAUACAUAUUCGCUUGAGAGAUGCCAAUGAUAAUGCUCCUGUAUUCAGUCAGAAAAGAUAUCAAGCCUCAGUUAUGGAGAAUCUGCGCCUGGAUCCUCCAGCACCAAUAGUAAAAGUUCAUGCUGAAGAUCUGGAUGAGGGAAAGAAUGGUGCAGUGAGGUACUCCAUAAUAUCUGGCAAUGAUGGUGGGGUGUUUAAACUGGAACCUGAAACUGGAAUUUUGUAUCCAGCUGAGUCAUUAGAAGGAAAAUCAAGAGAGUUCCAUCUGGUGGUGGAAGGGAGAGAUGAAGAAGGGAAUGGUCCACAUGCUGAUACAACGACCAUUGAUAUUGAAAUCCGUGAUGUGAACCAGAACAAACCAGUGUUUAUCAUGCCUUCACUGCCCAAUGCAACUAUAGAAGUCCCUGAGAAUGGAGGCCUUCCCAAUUUCCUGGUAAUUACUGUCAAAGCAACAGAUAAGGACCAAGGGGAGAAUGGUCAGAUCAGUUACCAUUUCAAAGUUGAUAAUGAGAAUGUUCAAGAAACAGAAGAGUUUGCCAUCAAUGCUGAUACAGGGGAACUAAGAGCAAAGAUCAUUCUUGACAGGGAAGUUCGGGCAAAAUAUGAGUUGGUGCUUGUUGCAAGGGAUCAUGGAACUCCCAUCUCACAUGAGACACUUCGCUUCCUCACAAUUCUGCUUGUAGACACAAAUGACAACAGACCUGAAUUUCCAAUAACUGAAACUACUAAUCCUUACAUAUUCCGUGUCACAGAAAAUUCACAAACGAAUCUCCUUGUAGGGAAAGUAACAGCCAUAGAUCGGGAUGCAGGUAAACAUGCAAAGAUCUUCUAUUACAUCAUAUCUGGUAAUGAAAAUGGAAGAUUCAACUUAGACAGGACAACUGGCAGCAUCUACACUAAUGCCUCAUUUGAUCAUGAGGAGAAAAAUGAAUAUAAUCUUUUCAUUAAGGCCAGCAAUGAUCCACAGUAUUAUGCCUCUGAGGGGAAGAGAGAUAAUUCCGAAAGAGACUUGAGCAUUGCUCAUGUACAAAUAAUUAUACUUGAUGAGAAUGAUAAUCCACCAAAAUUUGAACGUGCAAAUUAUUAUUCUGGUGUAAAUGCAAUGGCAAAUAUCAAUGAAUUUGUGUCAAAGUUAUCAGCAUUUGAUCCUGAUGCAGGAGAUAAUGGGACUCUGUAUUAUUACAUUAAAGCAUCCAAUUUGUUCAAAUUUGGGUCAAACCUGUCAAGAGGAUCCAUUAUCCCAUCUCCAUUCAAUGUGACAGAGGAUGGUAAACUUGUGACUUCUAAUUAUAUGGCUGAAUACAAUCAAGAUAGAUUUGUACUGGAUGUUGUUGCCAAAGAAAAGGCUUUACCAGAACGAGAAGCCACAACCAAAGUCCAUGUAUGGAUCUUUGAACCAGACCAACUAAUCCGUGUGAUACUUUCACGACCGCCUGAAGAAGUACACCAAGAAAGAGAUGAGAUUAUUGCAGAAUUGUCUAAUGUAACAGGAAGUCUUGUAGUAGUGGAUGACAUCAGGUAUCAUGUGGAUUCAUCUGGUCACAUACAUCAUGACUGGUGUGACAUGUACCUACAUGUUGUGGAUGGACCCAGCCAGACUAUUGCCUCAAUACCUGAUGUACUGAAGGUUAUAGAUGAAAAAUAUGACUUCCUUAAGGACUACUAUGCAGGAUUUGCAAUUGAAAAUGUUGUGCCUGCAUUUGUUGGUGUACAUGAAGAACCAUUUGACCCUGCUCUUGCUGCAUUAAUUGCUCUACUUAUAGUGCUCUUUGUGGGCUGUGUCACAUUCAUUGUAGUCUGCUGCUGUCUGAGACAUUGGGUGAUUACAGCACCAUCAGACCUCAAAAAGAAGGAAGCAUUAAUAAAGAAGGAGAUAAUUGAUGAUCUAAAUACAACAGAGAAUCCUUUAUGGAUUGAACAGAAGCUGAAGUUGUAUGAAGAACAAGAGCUGACAAUGCAAGUGUUCUGUGAGACAGAUAACAUGGGUCUUACCACCACAUCACCACAGCCACCUAUGGAAAGGUCAGAGAGUGCAGACUUCUCUCAGGUGGACAAUACAUAUGCUACAAUCCAACAUCCUGCACGUCGCGGGUCUCUCAGUGCAGUAAUAUCAAUGGGAGGAGAGGACAUGGGAGAUUAUGCAACGUUAUCAGGAGGCAUGGUUGUACACAAUGAUGGAAGUGCCCACAGUUCACUUCGAGGCACUCCCAGAGAUAUGUAUGAAGCAUCAUUAGGCUUCCAAGGAUCAACAUUCCAAGUUCCAGAUAAACCACUGUGUGGAAGUAAUAAUAUGGCAAGUUGCAGUAGUGACCCAUUCAGACCGCAGACUGCCCUCACCAUUAACAAGGAAGGGCAGCCUGAAUUUGUGGCUGAGCUCAUCUAACCAAAUAUACAUGUGAAAGGAUGCAUUCUGGUCAGAGGAUUGCCAUUUUUAUUGAUGUAACUCAUAUCAAUACUGUAUUUCUGAAAGCACAGUCAAUAUUGUGAUACUGAAACCUAAACCCUUAUAUUGGAUAUAUCACUGAAAUAUUAAAAAAAAAAUCAAGGUGACAAUACUAUAGAAAGAGAUUUCUAGAAGGACUACUAGUGUGUGUUCAAGUUUUAUUAUAUGACAAUGUCUGGGUAUAUUAAAAUAGGAAUUUGCAAAUCAAGUUUUCAGGAACUUUUGCAUAAGACUGUUAUGAUGAAUAUUGUGGAUGCAAACCUGGUAUUUCUGUAAUUAUGAGCUUCAGUAAUGAGACAGGGAAGUGCAUUUCAACUUAUGCUACUGUGUUUAGGUGUGGUGAGGUUCUGUUCUCACCAAAAUGUCUCUCACUUUUCCCAUUCCAAAGCUAACCAUUUAUGACCAAUUAGAUUUUUACCUCACCUUGAACCAUUACCCCAAUUCGGAUAGCAUAGCUUUUCCUAAAAUAACUUAGUACACACUGGUAGAAGUUAUACAUAUUUUUAACAUAGUUUAUUAAUGUUGAAAAUUUAUACUGAAAGGUAAAAUGCACUUUGGUAUCUGUAGGAAAAUAAUUCUGGCACAAAGAAUGGCAUGAUGGAAAUGCAAAGUUUAUAAAGUUUCUCUGCUUUAUGUGAGUGUCAUGCACAGGAUUAUUUACAGUGUUUUAUACAUAACUGUGAAGAAAACGGUAGCGUCCCAUAUUUUUGCUUCUUUUUACAACAGUGAAGAGUGAUUUUGCAGUCAUAUAGAACUGAUAUGGGUAAACAUAAUCAGAGCAUAAUUUCAAUUUUCAGGUUGUUGAUAAGACUGGACUAGUGAUUCAAAUAUAAAGAGUAAGUGUGGGUGAUUGGUGCAAAAUAUAUUACCUAAGUCUUCAAACUCGACACACAUCUGUAAUUAAGCCCUGAUUAUGAAUUGCAGAUAACUGAAACUAUUUUUAUUUUGUAAUAUGCAAACAAGUGGCUCAAUAAUUUACUCACAUGAUUGUACAUAUGUGCUGAGUGUUAUGGUUAACAUUUCUUUAUUGUAAUUAAAAUUUGUACAAAUGUGCCAGAGUUUUGUUUCAGAUGUAACUGAAUGUACCAUAUUUAUAUUAAACAGAAUUUUGUUUACAUUCAG